AGAGCAGACAGAGGCAGCAUACAGGAGCUUUACAAGACUUGACAUGACAGGCAACCACCAUCUGCCUCACUGCUAGGUUUCGGGCAGGUUAAGACCAGAGAGAGGCAGCAUACAGGAGCUCUACAAGACGUGACAUGACAGGCAACCACCAUCCCCCUCACUGCUAGCUGUCGGGCAGGCGAACAACGCCUGACCUGCAGUUUCACCCCGACAAGAGACAAAAAGAAGAGGGGGGAAAUAACAGGUAGCUAUGUGUGACACGAACACCAUCCACAUACACAUCCUCCAAGGUGUGAGCUACCUUUUUGUGUUUCUGGUGGGCCUGCUACUCAACAUGGCGUCUCUACGUGUCUUCUUCGUCAAACGGGCCACGUGGACGGACACACACAUCUACAUGCUGAACCUCGCAGCCGCCGACUGUGCCCUAAUCCUCUUCCUCCCUUUCCGCAUCUAUGAUGCCUUCCAGAGUCUGCCCAUAACGCCCUUCUGCACGUUUCUCAUCUCAAUACAUUACAUCAACAUGUACGCCAGUAUCUUCACUGUCACCGCCAUCAGCGUCCACCGCUACCUGGCGGUCAAGUUCCCAUUCCAGACCAGAGCGUGGCGAUCAAAGAAGGUGGCUGUGGCAGUGUGUGGGGCCAUAUGGGUCACGGUAGUAAUGAUAUGUGGUGUGUUCAGUGAUGCCAACCAUCCCCAAAAACUAUUUACAUGCUAUCAGAGAUGUAAAGAAAUCCCAUUGCCUGUUGGGUUCCUUGCGGUUCUAGAAGUGCUGGGGUACCUUCUCCCGCUCUUGAAUAUAGUGUUCUGUUCCACACAGACCAUAAUGGUUCUGCUGAAGGAGAAGGUACAGGAAGAAACCACUGUGGAGAAGAGGAACAUCAUUGGCAUUAUAACAGUCAACCUGAUCGUCUUUGUGGUUUGCUACACCCCCAUCCAUCUUGGGUUUCUGCUGAAAUACCUGGCCAAAACAAACCACUGGGAAACGUUAGACUGGGAUGGUUUUUGGCAGGUUUGUGAAUGGAUCGCUACCACAAACUGCUUCUUGGAUUCCAUUAGUUAUUACUUUCUUUUGAAAAAGUUUUAUUCUAAAGCCAGUAGAUCAGCAGAAGUUGACAGAGGCUCAGAGAUGGCAUUAACCACCAAUCAAGCUAUGAACACACACACCUACCCCAAUAAUGAGUCAUCAGACCCCUCUCUGCCUCCAUGUAUUACACCACCAGAAUAACGUCAUCAUGCUUUUUGACAUCUCUUUUAUUAAAAUCAUAUU